AUGAUUCCAGCUCAACAUAUUGACGUUCGUUCACUAAAUGGAGGUUGCAUCACUCCUGAAGGUAUUAGCUCAGAUUUCUCAUACGCUCUUCAUAAUGUUACAGAUGUUGUGUUAGCAUUUCCGAAGAAUGCAAUGCAAAGAACGGUUUUAGAAAAUCCAAUGCUUCGAGGUCUUCAGGUCACUAUAGAUUCCAGAAACUUCCCCGAUCAAGCGAUGACCACAGUGGGUGACAUAUUCUUUACACGUAUGCUUCAAGCUUCUGAUUUAGAUGGAGUGAAUGAAUGCACAGAAGAAUACGAGGACUCAUUAACUAGACCACUGAAUGCAGAUGAUGGCACGCCAUUAGCUAGAACAUGGAAAGACCAAACUUCAUUCUUAUGCACUAUUCCAGUUCAACGUGAUGGAGCGGGUAUAUUCUUUGAUGGAUUAGAAACUUUCAACUCACAAGUUACAGUACAAGUGAAAGCUUAUCCAAUCAUUCAGGGUGAAAAUGACACUUACUGUUCAAAGGUGACAAAUCCUCCUCAGGUUUGGUUUACUAGGACUACAUAUUGGACAUGGACACCGGAUGAAGGUUUGAAAUAUCAUCCAACAGGUACACCACCACAGUAUAGAAGUUCAUAUGAUGAAAUAUUGAUGAAUAGAAAUGUUUAA